AUGUGGCGCAGCCGUCGCGUGGACUACUCGCUCGCGUCCGAGAUCGUCUCCUUCCUGCGCACGCUCCUCAUCGCGCCCGACUGGCAGCCGCUCCUCGCCGAGAAGCUGCGGACGAACCUGUCGGCCCUCUCGGCCCUCGUCCAGUCGCUCGGGCAGAGGAUCGCGGCCUCGGCCAAGGACAAGGACAAGGGCAAGGCGACGGGCGCCAGUGCCGAAGGAGGCCAGAACGCCGAGCUGGCCGGCCAACAGCGGAUCAUGGCCGUGCUGGCAGUCCUGGGCGGCUGGAACGAGGAUCUGCGCGUGGGCGGCAAGGUCCGCCUCCGAGGAGAGGCAAGGCCAGACAACGCGGGAGAGAGCACCUCUGCUACCGUGGGCACCGUGAUCAGUUUCCUCAGCCCGUCUACGGUCAAGGUCCUGUUACGUGCAACGGACAACGACGCGCAGGAACGGCGGAUGCGGACCUACGCUGUGGACGAGCUCACACCCGUGACCGAGAUUGAGCUGCCCUCGGGCAUCUUUUCGCUCACAGAGGACACGCUCGGUAUCAUGCACUCCUUCCUCGAGAAAUCGAACGCGUGCCUGUAUGCGGAGGAGGCAACCGGCACCGACCCGUCGCCCGCAACGCUGCUCUACGCGCAGAUUCGCUCGCGCCUGCUCAAGGCCGAAUUGUUGAUGAGCUUCGUAGGGCUGCCGCGGGAGUUCUGCAUUCACGCACUCCUCCACAACAACGACAAUGUGGAAGAGGCGGCGUCGUGGUCCUUCGACAACUUCAACAAUUGGAGCGCGGAGCAGGCCCAUGCGCAGGCGCUCAGCAUCCAACAGGAACGGCGCAGCAGCCACUCCGAUGAGAGCUUUGACAGCAGCUCCAGCAGCAGCAGCAGCAGCACCGGAAUCAGGUCGAUCGACUACCCCGGCGAGGCCUAUGCCUUUGUCGACGACGCUGUGGAGUCAUUCUCCGCUCGCCAUGGCACCAUCGUCGCCGCGUCUACGCCCCUGGAAGUGUCGCGUCUCCGAGUCGGCACCAAGUGCGUUGUCACCGAUCGCGCGGUCGAUGCCACCGACCUCACCGGAUGGGUCGACGCCAAAUACCGGGCCUACCUGGCCCAACCCAUACCCGACCUGCGCCAAGCCGGCGAAGACGGCAGCGCCGCCGGCGAUAUCAUGCACAUCCUCUGGGCGCAACUCCAGCGCCUCUGCAGGACCGGGGAGACGGAUUUCCUGGACCUCCUGCUGGCCGAGUCGGCCAGUCUUCUCAAGGAGUCGGCGGCCUUCUCCAGCCGUCAUGCUCUGGUCAGCGAGUCCGAGCACCCGCACGGAACGGAGGACUUUGUCAAGGAGUUUGCCAUCCCCGACGCCAUGGGCCUGGUCGUCACCUUCGAUCGACGCUGCAAGCUGUCCGACGCCGACUCUCUGACGAUCUAUCUCGACGAAAAGCGCACCAAGCCUCUGCGACGCUUCACCGGCACUUCGCUGUCCCAAUUCCACCCGGUGGUCAUCGCCAGCAAUCGCUUCUGGCUGCAGUUCCAG